CUGACAAGCACCUGUCUCUGUUCCUCUGCCACUCAAUAAAACCUGAGUAACAUUUGGCUUUGUUCUCACCUCCAAGGUGGUCCUGUAACAAUGUGUGAUCGGGCUAUAAAAGUGAGUCAUGAUCACACGCAUGCAAAAGAGAGGCGAUAACAAGGAACAGCAAGAACGUCGAUUGCUGCCUCCCUCACGCACACUUUUCUUCAGUUUGGAGGCUCAAGGAGCUGUUCGGCCUCAAUAAGUGCCGGAUUAAAACAAUCAUGGCUGAUCAGUGAGUAUAAUCGCUUCUGGGUUGUUUUACAGUGUUCAUUGACAGCUUCAAAGUAUACUGUAAAACUAUGUAUGGAUUCUUAUGAUGUAAAUAUGUUGACGUAUUUUUUCUCUCUCUUGUUAAUGCUCCAACAGAUCUAAAAAAUCAAAGAUCUCCUCCUCUCGGAGGCUGGGGUUGAAGAUUCGACUUUUGACAGUCGCUGCUGAGAUGCUGCAGGAGGAGAAGGAGCAGAAAGUGAAGGAGAGAGAAACUUCUCUGGAAGAACGAGUUCCUCCUCUAAGUCUGUCUGGGCUGUCUUUACAAGACCUUCUGGAUCUUUGUAAAGAUUUGCAUCUCAAGAUUGACGCUGUAGAUGAGGAGUGGUAUGAUAUCGGCCUCAAGGUGUCCAAAAACGACAAAGAGAUAAACAACAUGAACCUGAAGAUCAUUGAGAUCCAGAGUAAGUUCAAGAAGCCGACCUUGAAGAGAGUGAAGAUCUCCGCUGAGGCCAUGCUGAGGGUUCUGCUGGGCUCCAAACACAAGGAGUCCAUCGACUUCAAGGCCAACCUCAAAACAGUGAAGAAGGAAGAGGAAAAGAAAGAGGAAGUCACCGACUGGCGUAAGAACGUGGAGGCCAUGUCUGGCAUGGAGGGCAGGAAGAAGCUGUUCGACGCCUAAAGAAACACGUACUUUUGAUUAAGAGAUCAUCUUCUCAUGAGGACAUCUUAACAUGACUUACUGUCUUACCUCUAUUAUAUCAAGUUGUGAAUUUCAGGUGGGACAAACACAUUUUUAAACAGGAUGAUCUUGCUUGUUAUAAUCUUACAGAAAUAAAAUAAAAAGAAACAGAUAUUGUUUGUGGUCUUUAAAUUAGGUUCAACAUAUUCGUACACUUAUUCUGAUUGCAAUGCAUCUUUCAUCUUUGUAACAGUGACUGUUUGCAGGUCUCCUGUGCAGCCUUGUGGUGGCAGCAGAACACUUUCAAACCACCGCUCUGACACGUGUGGAGAGGACUGUGGACACACAUUGUUUGUCCCUCGUAAAUAUGUAUCUGCUGUGAUACAAUGCCAUCUAGCUUUUAACAAUUAAACAGCAUGAUUGCACUCUGAGUUCAGGUCCUUGCAGUGAAGAUUGUGUCAUGUUUGUACUGAUACAAACAUAAAAAACAACGAUUUCAUCUCAAUAAAAAUAGAACAUUC